AUGUUCAUCACCGAAGAAUCCUCAUCAACAAACAUCAAGAAGCUAUCUAGAUCUAUUCAGAAAAUGUCUCCCGCCGACUCUUCAACUUCAGGCGGAUCAGGAAAGAAGGGUGGAUCCUCGAAGAAGCAGAAAGACAGCAAGAAGAAGUCCUCCAAGAAGGACCAACCUCCCAACCAAGAUGGAGGGUCAUCAGGCCAAGGUCAAGGUGGUGGUAGUGGUGGAGGAGGAGCAUACGUCUCACCUCCUGACUUUUUCUCUUAUAACGAUCCCGGCGACGACUUCUCGGCAAACUAA